AUGGGUAAAGGAACACAUCACGGGUCGCGGGGAAAGCCUCGGAGACAGGAGGUUUCGGCGAGGGAGUCGCAUGUCGCGGGUGUUGGUGCAGAGUUUCCUGCUAAGAUGGCCAUGUGGGAUUUCAACCACUGUGAUCCUAAACGUUGUAGUGGUAAGAAGUUGAGCAGACUAGGUCUGAUUAAAUCUUUGCGAGUGGGUCAGAAGUUCGGUGGUGUGGUUGUCUCGCCAAAUGGAAAAGAUCCUGUUUGUCCCGAUGAUAGAGACAUCGUUGAACAGCAUGGAGCUGCUGUUGUCGAAUGUUCUUGGGCCAGAAUUAAUGAGAUUCCUUUUAAUAAAAUCGGUGGUCGUCAUGAAAGACUCCUGCCGUAUCUGGUUGCUGCUAAUCCUGUCAAUUAUGGUCGUCCUUGGAAACUGAAUUGUGUAGAGGCUCUAGCAGCAUGUUUUGCUAUCACUGGACACCUAGACUGGGCUUCGGAGGUGUUAGAACACUUUUCUUGGGGCCAUGCAUUUUUAGAGAUUAAUGAGGAGUUGUUAGAACUAUAUUCUCAGUGUACAGAUGCUGAGUCGAUAAAAGCUGCUCAAGAGGCUUGGCUGGAUAAGAUCCAGGAGGACGCUAAAGAGCGUGAGGAGGAGAAGAAGAAGCACGACGAUGGUGGCUGGGCUGUGGGAAGUCGCAGAGACCAUGGCAUGCCUGGAGAACUGCCUCCCAGUGAUUCAGACGAGUACGAUGACGAUGAUGAUGAAGAAGAGGAAGAAGAGGAGCCUGCAUUUAACCCGUCAUAUGAACGACCUGGGGAGUUACCGCCAAGUGAAAGCGAAGCCAGCGAAGAAGACGAUAGCGAAGAUGAGAAUGAAGACGAAGAAGAAGAGACUGAAAAUCCAGAUCACGAGCAUGUGCACCAUACAGAGGAUGUGCUGAAAUUAAAAUCUCUUCAACUGUCAGACAGCUAG